CGACUGUGCUAUAUAAACUGCUCGAGUUGCGCUUGCCACCGCUCAAGCAGACCUCUACCUCCUUCUCAUACUGCAUCAUUGACUCAAGCCGGACCCGCACCUCCGCGAAGACCAUGAAACUCAACUUGGAAGGGUUCACCGCACAUCUAUGCUGCGAUGGCGUGGAGCUCGAAACGUACGAUGUUCAGAAAGAAGACGCCAAGACCGUAACGUGCUGGAUUUCUAGCGAGGAGGGAAAGACGUUCACGCUUCACUGGGGUGAAGAAGCUGCUGCGACGACGGCGAAAAUCGACGGGUAUGUUGACGGCCGUCAUGUGUGUAGCUCGGCAUUUUACGACCAAGCCGAGGGUCGUUGCAAGAGUCUCUACACCGCAGGCCAGGAACGACCGUUCGUGUUCUCGCCAUUGAUUCUCACCGACGAUAUCCUGGUGUCAUCCAAAGUGGAUGAGGAGCUUGGCUCCAUCCGCAUCACCAUGACGCGUGCUCAAAGCUUUCUCAUUACCGAUGUACCUCACCCUGGGUACAAGGUGGCGGAAAUUGGAGCUGUACACGAGAAGAGCAAGAAGGCGGGCGUGCAUGCAGUUUCUUUCGGAGAAGUCAAGGCGGCUGAAGUCGUGAAGUCUUGCACGGCAGUCGGACUUGAAAAGGAGCCAUUUGCGAUCUUCAAGUUCCGAUACAGACCGCUAGAACUCCUGAGAGCGAACGGUAUCGUGCCGCUUCCUCCCCAGGACAAGAAGGGCAAGAAGCGAUCUCUUGACGUUCCGGAUGAUGACCUCGGCGCAGGCCCCAGCAGUAAACGUGCGCGCGGGCAUAGUGUGGUCAAGCCCGAGUUUGAUGAAGACGAUGACGAUGACGCCGAGGACGAUGUUGUGUUCCUCCAAGAACAACUCGCUAUGAUUCAGAAACGCCUAGCAGACGCGCAAGCUGCGAAGAGGACCAAGACCAUUGUGAAGCGGGAGACGUCCCCCAUCAUCGUCCCGUCCUCAAUCAGCGACGAGGUCAUCGAUCUGACGUGACGCGCCCUCCUUCCCUCUCGUGUCCGAGCUGGUUGUGUGAUGCCGUUCACGCCAUUUCUUCUCCGGGUUCUUCUGUUGUUGGGUUUAUUGUUAUCGCUGUUGAGCCUUUGCGCCUCUCAUACCUCCCGAACACCCUACGUCUUUCCUGCAUAAUGUGUUUUCGUUUCCAUACCCCCUCCAGUUUAAUGUUUAGGUUACAGCAAAUUUGAUAUGGAUCCGCC